GUCACUUGUAUGUAUUAAUUUGUUUUAUAUACAGCGGGAGUAGCGUAUUCCAACUGUUAAGUGCGUAUAUUUAUUACAUUUGUUUAUUCUACGGUUUAAUUCAUCAGGACAAUGUCUCGCGAUGCUCGUCGUAACAUACGAAAAAUAAGUCCAAUAUUCAGAGAAAGGCAGAAGGCGGAGGAUGAUGCGAUUCUAACAAAGUCGCUUAUAAAAGUCGCCUUGACAUCAGGCAAAUUGAAUCUUUCCGGUCGAUCAUUAUCUUCAGUGCCGAAUAAACUGUGGACACUAUACGACAGUGAAGCAAGUGAUAUUACCGUAGAUUUUAAGUCAGACAGCAGCGAACGGGAUGAUAUAUGGUGGAAGCAGCAGCCUCUUACCAAUUUAGAUCUUAGCUCAAAUUCUUUAGCUGUUAUUUCACCUAAGAUUGGGGACCUCUGUGAGCUUACUGUAUUGGACUUACAUGAUAACGUCUUAACCAGCUUACCAAAAGAAAUUAGUUUCCUUACAAAACUUACUAAGCUUAACCUCUCCCGUAACAAAAUUGUUAACUUGCCUAAAGAAUUAUUUCUAUUAAAUGAACUGAAAUACUUGAACUUGUCACAUAAUUCAAUGGUGGAUGUGCAUCCCGAUCUGAGUAAUCUGGUUAUGCUUGAAUAUCUGAAUCUUUCCUAUAAUGGGCUUACUUCACUUCCGGAUGGUUUAGGAUUUCUAGUACGGCUAACUGAACUCAAUGUGAGUUAUAACAAAUUGAAUUGCUUGCCGGAGGAUAUAGUCAAUUUGAGGAAUCUCCACAAACUAGAUGUGAUGAACAACGACAUUGAAGAUUUUCCAGUGGGUAUGUCGGAGCUGAGGAAAUUGGAAUGCUUAUAUGCCCAACAUAAUAAUAUCCAGAACUUGCCAGAUUUCGUUUCUAGCGACAAUUUGAAAGAACUUCAUAUAUCGAAUAAUUAUAUAAAGGAAGUGCCCGUUAGUUUUUGUGAAGGCCUAUACAAUUUAAAGGUUCUGGAUUUACGUGAUAAUAAAAUUGAGACAUUACCAAACGAAAUUGGCAUGCUUCAAAGUUUAAUACGACUUGAUUUGUCCAAUAAUUCGAUUAAGAAUUUGCCCAGCACGCUGGCGUCGCUUGUCCAUUUAAUGAGUUUACAAGUUGAUGGAAAUCAAAUACGGUCAUUGCGUCGUGACAUCAUACAAUGUGGUACACAUAGGAUCCUGAAAGCACUAAAAGACCGAUCUCCAGAUGAAGAUGCACUGAAAAAUGUGCAUUUUGAAAGGACAGCUAAGUUUCCAGAUAAGUAUGAAAUGCAGAGAAGUCAUGGACUCAUAAUUAGCUCGCAAAAUUUGACAGAGGUUCCAGAUGAUGCUUUCUUGGAAGCGAAAAAAGCAAAUGUGUACAAAGUCGACUUUUCUAAAAAUAAGCUUGGAUCAUUUCCGGCUGGAUUAGUCAAUCUUGCUAAUGAAUUGCAAGAAUUAUACCUUCCACAUAAUUUAAUUACUGAAAUCCCUUCAUUUAUUGGUGAAUUGUCAAGAAUUUCCUACAUCGACAUUUCCAAUAACCUACUAACCGAUUUACCACACGAGUUUGCAGGAUUGAAUUAUUUGAGGGAAUUGAAUAUGUCAUACAAUAGAUUGACAAAAAUUCCUGAUUGCAUUUUUGAACUUAAAUCAAUUGAAAUCUUACUGUUGCGUGACAAUAAGAUUGAGAAAAUCGAUGCAUCGACAGCAGGACUUGGACGUCUGAAAAAGUUGACGACAUUGGAUUUAGCGAACAAUGAUAUCGAUUCGAUUCCCCCGAUAUUGGGGAAAUUGACGAACAUAAGAUCGCUCGAUAUUGUUGGAAAUCGUUUCCGGCAACCGAGGCAUCAAAUAUUAGAAAAGGGAACAGAGGCCAUCAUGAUGUAUCUCAGAGAUCGUAUACCAGCUUAGUUAAGUUUUUGUUUUAUUUAUUUCAUUCGUUUUAAUUCGGAGCAUUUAAAUGAUGAAGUUCGCUGUCACUCUGUCUAUGACCCUUUCUAUGACUUACUUUUAUCAAAAGUUAUAAUAGGAAAGUCUGCUUGCUCUCUCUUAAUAUUACUGGACCGCAGGAUGAAACAUUUUACGUUUAUCUUCACAUGACUAUCGGCACAUGUUGAAAUUCUCUAACAAAACGAAAAGAUUACACAUAAUGGGGUUAUGGAUUAGAAGCAGAAAUUAAGCAAUACCUGUUGAUAUAUUGAAACAAUGACUAGUCACGCCACACAAACCUUUGACAUAACGCAGAAUAUUUUGGAUAAAUUAGUGUUUCUAUGCUCGUUACUACAACAGUUGGUAGAAUGUAUUUGAAAUAAAAUAGAAAAUUGUGUCAUAAUAAAAAAGUAGAAAAAUCAGAAUAUAAAAUUA